CAAUGGGAGGAGCUCCUCCACCACUCUUAGAGCAGCCAUGGAGGAAGGUGUCAGAGAAGUACAGGGAAAAUCUUGAGUUUGUGAAAUCUUACCAGCCUGAAAACAAACAGGUCAAACAUCUCAGGAUUCUGCUUUAUGGACCAGUUGGUGCUGGAAAGUCGAGCUUCAUCAACUCUGUCGACAGCGUUUUAAAAGGCAGACCUGCUGUUCGAGCUCAGACAAAUGCAAUCUCUGAGAAAAGCUUCACCAGACAGUACAAGACCUUCAAAUUUCACAAAAAUCCAGGGGCCACUUACCCUUUUGUUUUAAGUGACAUCAUGGGCCUUGAGGAGGAUUUUGACAGUGGAGUCUCUGUGAAAGACGUCAAACUGGCCCUGAGAGGACACGUGACAGAAGGUUACAAGUUUGACCCUGACCAAGAACUGAAGGAGGGUGAUUAUGGCUACAACUCCCAUCCCACUUUAGAAGACAAAGUUCACCUUCUGGUGGGUGUUGUUCAUGCAGACUCAAUGUCUAUGUUAAGUGCUGAGAUGGUGAAGAAGAUAAGAGAUGUCAGACUGGCAGCCAGUGAACUGGGAAUUCCCCAAAUGGUUAUUAUCACCAGAGUUGAUGAAGCCUGUCCCGAGAUUAAAAAGGACACAAGCAAUAUCUAUAAGAGCAAUUACCUGAAGGAACAGGUUGAAGGAUUCCACCUGCAGCUGGGCCUUCCAGAGAACUGCAUCUUCCUUCUGAAGAACUACAGUCAUGAAACUGAGUCAAAUGACAAAGUGAACGCUGCGAUAGUGUGCGCACUGAAACAGAUGCUUUUGUAUGGAGACGACUACCUCAAUCUGGAAACAUGAAUUCCCCUGAGGCAAAAACCCAGUAGGCCAUUUGUCGGGGAAUGAGGAAAUAUUAAGCCAAUGUUUACUGUCUUUGUGAAGCAGGCAAGCUUGAAGCAUGAAAUAUGGAAUAAAAAUCCAUAAAAAUUAGGUCCUAAAGUCUUUAUAUAAUUUCUCUCAUUGAGACUUUGCACAAUAGCAGGACAAUGCUCUGUCAUUACGUCGUUAGCUUGGUGUGACGUCAUCACGUGAUCUGGUCAACAACUCAGCUUUUGUGAUGGUGCCUUCAGGUGCCUCCGGAAAGGAGUCAUUCAAAAGCUUUCGUUUUUAUCUUUGACUCCCAGUAUUUAAUACAUCACCUGAGACAAACAGACAAAUAUUUUAUAUUAUUAAUAAUUUAGUCACUCAAUCCUGCACUUUAUCUCUCUGGGAACUCUUUGAAGUACAGUUAUUUGAUGUUCUUGCAAUAUAAGUUGAUUCAUUAUAUCGUUAUUGUUGGCUUUGUAUCAUGUAUCGUGAAUUCCUGGUGGUGGAAAGAAAUGAAGUACAAAUAUCAAAAUUAUACUCUGUGCAAAAAACAAUAAAAUUCUUUACUGUUCA